GCCAACAUAAUAAUGUCAAUUUGAAUCGCAGCCAACAUGGCUAUACUUCCUUUCGCGUUUUCUUUUCUUUCUUUCCUCUUUCAACGUGCUAAGUGACAAGUUAAGAUGACUGCCACCGCAGCCGCCAAAAAGCCCGAAGCAAAGGGCAAAUCUGCCAAGAAGUUACCCGCUGUCCCCGAGUCGAAGCUGAAGUUCAGCAAGAAACAAGUCAGCAAACGUGCUGUCUUGAUCAAGCGUAAAUUGAAGCGUACUGCUGUCAUUGCGCUACGCAAACGUGAAAACUUGGUUCGUGCCGAGAAAUACCAAGCCGAAUAUCUGCGUGCUGACCGUCGUGAGAUCAAGUUGCGCCGUUUGGCCAAGAAACGCGGUCAAUUCUACGUGCCUGCUGAAUCCAAAUUGGCUUUUGUUAUCCGUAUUCGUGGUAUCAACAAAGUUGCCCCCAAAGUGCGUAAAGUUUUGCAGUUGUUCCGUCUGCGCCAGAUUAACAAUGGUGUUUUCAUCAAAUUGAACAAAGCCACCAUUAAUAUGUUGCGCAUUGCUGAACCCUACAUUACAUGGGGAUACCCAAAUCUGAAAUCUGUCCGCGAAUUGGUCUACAAACGUGGUUUCGUCAAGCACAACCGUCAACGUGUUCCAAUCACCGACAACUUCGUGAUUGAACGUAAAUUGCGUAAAGCACAUGACAUUCAGUGCGUUGAGGAUUUGGUACAUGAAAUCUUCACCGUUGGACCACACUUCAAGAAAGCCUCAAACUUCUUAUGGCCAUUCAAACUGAACACUCCAACCGGUGGAUGGCGCAAGAAGGCCAAUCACUACGUUGAGGGUGGUGAUUUCGGUAACCGUGAGGACAAAAUCAACAAAUUGCUGCGCAAGAUGGUUUAAGAAAUUUUAAAUUAUUGCCUAACCCGUUGACUCCGGGAGAUUUUGUUGGUGUACAUGGGGGAGUAUUUUUAUUCCAAAAAAUAUAUAAUAAUAAAAAUAGAAAAAAUAAAUGUUUUUUAUAUAAA